AUGUUCUCCGUGCCCCCAUCGCCAACCACUCAACACGAUAUCUUCAACUUUUGGGGUGUAUUCGAGUCCGCUGAGUUCAAAUAUGUACUUCUUACAACGUAUUUCCUGCUCGUUGUCCACCUCACGCCUCCCACAAAAUCGUUGAAGCCUGGAAAAUCCGCCGCAGCCGGAGUUCAGACACAUCCACAACUUUCACACCACUGGAUGGGAUUCCAAAGCGAAAGUGAUAGGCGGAAUGAAAGACUCCUAUGCCUCCAAUACGCCGAGCUGCCCCUGCCAUGCCGUGAGCCAGCAAUUGAGCGUAUCGCCUCUACAGGUAGAAUAAAGGGUGAAGCUGGACGGCGCGGCGAGGAUGAGAUCGCAAUGAGCAGCGCCACGGCCCAGAGAAAAUGUCUGCCGAGGAUGCUUACUACCACAGAAGCCACCGACAAGGAGAAGGACAUCGACAAUACGAGCAGAGCCUCGUUCGCACAUGCGAAGGCCUACCCACAUUGUGCUUUCAAGGAGCUUGGGAAGGCAUCUGAGAUGGAGAUGGACAUGGAGACUUCUAUCAUCGCAAAAGAGCAGAAAUCUACAAAUAGCCAUGUUUCCAGCUCUUGUUUCCUAUGGUACAACUAUUCAGCAAAUCUUCGGCUUGUCCUCUCUCCCGAAGUGCCUGGUCAGUUUCGAAAGCGAGAAGCUGCGGCGCUCCAAACAAGCAGUUUUCUCCUACUACUGGUCCCCGACAAUAUCCCAUACAUGAACUGUUCCUUCCGUCUCUUCGAGGAUGCGCUCCGGGAUCCGAAUGGGCCUGUGAAUGUGAGGCACUUUGCAAUUGCUGGUCUGGCUAUUCCCAAGCUCUGCACGACUUGCAGAACAAAGAUGCAGCACCCACAGCAGCAGAGCAUCAUCGAAAACACGGAAUCUUUGCGCGCUGAUCUCCAACACACCACGAAUACCCGUACAGAGCCCCACAGUCCGAUGUACGUAGCAGAAGAGAUGAUCAUAACAGAUCGCACUGGAAAUGAAGCCCACUACUCAUUCCUCCGAAAUGAUCGACAUGAUCUCAAAAGCAGUCUCGUCGGAGCCAUGAUUUCCGGGAGCCAUGCUCCAUCCGUCCCCCACUCUCUUCUGAGAAACCAGUUCGCAAACCAACGGCAUGAUUGUGGACCCAAGUCUGAUUCGACUGCAGAGCACCGCCUGCCGGAAACUGAGCCCGCAAUCUCAUCUCCACGUUUCAACACGGACUUGCCAUACAGGCUGGAAUCAGUGUCGCUUACCUACAGGAGUCGUGGGAGGCUUAUCUCCGCAGCUCGCGAGGAUCCAGGACCCAUGAGGUCAAUGUUUGGCUGCGGUACAUUCUCUGGACAGGCCUAUGAGCUCAGCGAAGUUAUUGAUUCCGGACACCAGGAUUCAGUCUACAGGAAGAUUAAUGCUUCUUUGCCAGGCGGGAGAAUGAGUGCAUGUCUCCAUGCUUGCAUUAUUGAUUAUUUGAUUGUUCCCCAUUUUCCGGUACUGUAUCCCUCCAAUUCAUGCCGCAUUCCCAGAUCAGCUUUUCGACACGCAAACAACGAGGCUGAGCUGGCUCAAUAUCCGAUGCCGCAAAUGGCCGGCUGCAUCGCUCCCCAUGAAGCUUUGGUGCUACGAUCCCAACUCAGCGCAGCCGGUUUGCCACUUCGUCUUUGCUGGUACAAAAUGAUCACAAUUUCCCCACUCGAUACUCAACGGUUCCGUGAGCUCAGUCGACUGCAAGCACAAAUCGACCAAUGGCCCGCACUCAAUGCACUGCCUGCAACAGCAAUUGCUCGGGUCAAAAGAAUGAUGGCUGUGCGAGUCGACGGCGGCAGUACUGUGGCUCAGCAGCGUCAUUCUGUUUUGCGUGAGCGUAACAGCCGUCAUCCUUCAAGAGUCAUGAUGAAAGGUGGGUGGUCAGAGUCGGCAAUCGUAAGAGAGGAUAUGACAAGCAUCAAACAUCAAAAGGAUCGCUUGCACGACUACGAUCGCUCCCUACAGCACGAGAAAUCUCCCUAUUCAGGAUACACGACUGACGUAGAUGUACAUCGGAAUGUAAGACUGAUGCGCUUCGUCAUUUCUUCUCUGACAAAGCAAAUGGGAACUGGCGAUGCACUAAUAAUCAACAUGAAUUUGGGCUAUCGGAUUGCGCUAUGGCUUGCCGAAAUGAGUGAACUACUCAAUCAGAGGAUCAGGACCAGUAUCUUUUUGCUCAUGCCAUCUUCACAGGCAGCUCGAAGCUGUGAGAUCCACGGCGCUGUACCUAACAACGAUCACGGCUCGCUAUCUACAAUUGAAGAUCGACUUGCUACAGUAUCCCCGCGCAAUCCAGUCCAAGCACCCGAACAACACCCAAGUCCCACUGCUGGAUCUGCCUCUAUGCCAGCUACCGAGCUAUUGGAUUGGGCUCUUACAACCCGGAGUCGAGUAGAAGUUCUGGAAUUCGUGUCGCAGGCCGCUCAAGUGCGAGCUGAGUAUCCCGGCCCGAAUUUCGCACACGCUGCAUCCUCUCUUCUCGCUUUGAGAGUCGUUCACUUCUGCUAUCCUCAACAAGAGAAGAUACUCGAUGGAGUCCAGAAUCUGAUGCCCGCUUCUCAUCUACCGAGCACAUCUUCUUCACCUAAGUAUCGCUACCACAAGUCCGACUCAUUUUCUCGAUCGCCAAAGCCGGAGGUCUGA